UAUAAACCUAAAUGUAUUUUAAACUUUGAACUGCGUUUAAAAUAAAUCGCUGGCAUAUUAACCGUCUUCGCACCGGAAACAACAAUGGCUUCACUUUUCGCGGCGGAGUGAUUCAUCUUCACAUGAAACAAUCGUUUGUAGUGCGGCUGCCGGUCAGGAAACAGUAGUACGGUGGGGAAAAGUUUCCCGCCGUGUUUUAGUGUUAUCGCUGAGGUUCCCCUUUAACAGCAGCCAGAUAAUUAUUUUUAAUAACCCACCAUGAGGCGAGCGAGAAGUUCCAGAAAUAAAUGUGAAAGUGCACCAGAAAAUGGAGAAACCCAGUCAAAAACAGUGUGGCAGUGGAUGGGGGAUAAAAGACAGUGGGAACCAUACUCUCCAUCAGCCUGUGCCGUCUUGGACUCGGCCGUCUCUUCUGGGAAAACAUCUGUCACUCUCUCUCUGGGCUCGGGGACAGCCUACGAAGUUGAUCUGAAGAAGAUGGUUCAGAUCAAUCCUGUCACAAAGUACAAACGGAAAGUUCGCUGUCAGAAUGUAAAAGCAGACAAAUCUUCAGUUUAACAACAACAAAUAUUACCUGAUCCAGCUGCUGGAGGACGACAGCUCCAAGGUUUACAGUGUGUGGAUGAGAUGGGGCAGGGUGGGUAAAGUAGGUCAAAACAGCCUUACGGUCUGUGGUGGAGACCUGCUGAAGGCCAAAGAUGUCUUCAAGAAAAAGUUCUUUGAAAAGACCAAGAACGAAUGGGAGCAUCGAGAUAGUUUUGAGAAAGUAGCUGGAAAAUAUGACAUGGUGUUUAUGGACUACAGCACGAAUGAAAAGGAGGAGAAUCAGACCACAGUGGAUACUGUACCAAAAAAGAAAACCUCCGAGCUGGAUUCAAGGAUUCAGUCUCUCCUAGAGCUCAUCUGUGAUCUGAAAGCCAUGGAGGAGUGUGUGCUGGAGAUGAAGUUUGACACCAAGAAAGCUCCUCUUGGCAAGCUGACCCCAGAGCAGAUCCGAGCAGGUUACUCAGCACUGAAGAAGAUCGAGGAUUGCUUGAAGAAGAAGAAAGGGAGCAGUCGUGACCUUUUAGAAGCAUGCAAUCAAUUUUACACCCGCAUCCCACAUGACUUUGGGUUGAAAACUCCCCCACUUAUCCAAACAGAAGAAGAGCUGAAAGCCAAAAUUGCCCUUUUGGAGGCACUGAGUGACAUCCAGAUAGCAGUAAAAAUGGUCAAGUCCAGUGAAGACAGCGAUGAACAUCCUCUGGACAGACAGUAUCACUCCCUCCGGUGCAAACUGCAGCCUCUGGACUCCAGCAACAAUGAGUACAAGGUGAUAGAGCAGUAUCUGCACACCACUCACGCCCCCACCCACUGUGACUACACCAUGACCGUGCUUGACAUUUUCUCAGUGGACAGAGACGGGGAGAGCAAAAAUUUCCUGUCACAGUUAAGUAACAGGACUCUGCUGUGGCACGGUUCACGUCUGUCUAACUGGGUCGGCAUCCUCAGUCAGGGACUUCGAGUGGCCCCCCCUGAAGCUCCUGUUACUGGUUACAUGUUUGGUAAAGGUAUCUACUUUGCUGACAUGUCAUCAAAAAGUGCCAACUACUGUUUUUCCAACCAGAACAACAACGUUGGACUGCUGCUACUGUGUGAAGUCGCUCUGGGAGAAUCUAAUGAGCUGCUGGAUGCAGACUAUGAAGCAAACAAUCUGCCUGCUGGAAAACACAGCACCAAGGGUCUGGGACAGACUGGACCUGACCACAAAAACUCUGUCACACUGGACGGUAUGACGGUGCCGAUGGGGCCUGGCGUGAAAACGGGAGUGGGUAAAUCUAACGCUUACUCCCUCCUCUACAACGAGUUCAUUGUUUACAAUCCUGCACAGACUCGCAUGAGGUACCUGCUGCGUGUAAAGUUUAACUACUCAUCACUGUGGUGAAGCCUUGGGAACUGUGUGCCUUUGUGAAAUAUGGAUGAAUGUUUAGGCGUUUUUAGUCAUUCUUCAUGUAGCGUUAACUUCUAUGUUUCGGGGCAUGGGUGGGGGUUGGAUGUUACACCUGAAAACACUCGUUCAUAUAAGGCUGCAGCAAUUGCUCAACUGAGAAAAAUCAUUUACAGCUGUUUUGAUAAUAUAAUGAAUUGUUUUAGGGUUUUUUCCAAGACAAAAACUGUAGAUGCGUCAUCAAAGGCAUGACUAGUGGAUGUUUCAUUAUACAAUAAAUUAUAUUAAAAAGGAAAAUCUUGCAUAUGAAUUGAUUUUCUCCCCCCCCCCCAUCUUGGGAUUAGUGCCAGCAUUUUCACUUCUUUGACAUCUUAUAUCGAAUUGACUGCUGGGUUGAAAUAACUCAAAAUAAUCACUGAUGCUGGCAGCAGGAUUUGCUGAAGGUUCUGCAUCUCCAUAUAUAAAUGAGUGUCUGAGGAAACCAUGAGGGACCAACUGAGGGAAAACAUCAACUUUGAGUUCAACUUUUUCUUGGAUUUUCUACAGUUUCUCUUAUAUCCUGGUAUCAUGUAUAAGAAAAAGCUGUUGUUCGACAGAGGUUUGUUAUACUAGAUACUAGAUACUUUAACACGGAGAGGAUACACAAAACCUUUUGCACUACUUUUUGUCCCUGUAUAUGUAUAUUACUAAACGUCCUUGGAUCAGUAGAAGGUCUCAUUAUCAUUAUUAAGGGUAGAAUGGUUUUAGUGUAGGUGUUUGUUGUAACACAAAUAUUCUUCUGGAUCUGUUAUGAGGAUGAAGGUUUUUAAAUUUUGAAGAGUGGGAAUAAAAAUAAAUGACUCAACAUAAAGUGUGGUGUUUUUUUUUGUUUGAUUUUUAAUGGAUUUAAAUCUGAGACAAAGACGAGAUUCUAUGCAAACAGAUUUUUUUUUUUGUGUGUGACAUGAUGCGAGGAGAUUAUAUACAGCACAUAAUGAUAGAGGACAUUUUAAUCCACAGUCUGAAGUGUCCGUUUGUUUUGUAUAUGCAGUUUCACCUCCUCCCCAGGAUGUAGAGGAAAAUUAGGACUACAUCUAGGUAGAUUCUGAGAGCAGCGUUGAUGUAAUCUUCUGGAUCUGCACUGUAGGCCAUCCUCCCCAUCACCAGCUGACAGUCGAUCACCAGGUACUAAGAGAGGCAGAGGAGGAGGAGAUUUAGACCAGUGUGAGAAAAAUGCGAUCAAAUUAUAUUAAAAUACACUGUAUUUUAAAUUAAACAAAAUACAGCUAAUGCAGAUUUAUUUAAACUCCUUGAAUUAAAGCUGAAACUCUUUGUUGUUGUAUUUUAAAAGUGUCCUCAUUCGAAAACCUGUGGACCUUACUGGAUCUUGUUCCUUCUCUCACCAAUGAAAACAACAGAGCUCCCAGACAUCCAUAGAUAACUUCAGCAAUGUAGCUGUAGUAGAAUGUGCAAAAUAUCCCAAACAUGGCGACGUCCACGACCAGAAUCAACAAAGCACUGUUGCAAUAAGUAAAAUCAUAGCGAGUCUGCAAAUAACAGAAAGACAUAAAGACAUGAAUGUCAUUAUUAAAUAAUCUAUCAGUGUCUAAUCUUAUUUAGAUUUUUUUUCUGUAGUGCACAGUAACCAUGUGACAUAUGAAAUGAACAUGUGAAAUAUUAAUCUUUUGAAACUUGAAGCAUAUGAGUCUCAUAAAAUAAGGCAUUUCAGAUCUUUCAAAUGCAAGGAAAAAGUGUUUGCAUACUCUCCAAGGGACUAUGUUGAUGUAUUUAAAUGUCUUGGAUGAGAAAUAAUCUACAAUAUGAGCAAUAUUAAAUUUACUGUGAUAUAAAAAAAACCUGCAAAAUUAGCAAAUGUUUGCACUGAAGGAGCCGGGACCAGUGAUUUAUAAUUUUCUUUAAAAUGAAAGAUUGCUUAAUCAUUAAAAAAUAGAGGGGAGAUUAAAAAAACUAUUGGUUGGGCUGAUCAGUAUCGGUAUUUAUAAAUGAAUAUUUAAAAAAAUAUAUAAUAAUGGAAUCCUUCAACCAUGGUAUGAGUGGUGAAGUUGCAUAGUUUGUCCACCAGAGGGCAACCUGCAACUUCCCUGCUGGCAACACAUGUUGGAAACGCCACAAACAAAACAACCCUCUAAUCCAAGCAGAGUCGGGCAGAACGUAAAGCAGUGAAUAAAUAAAUACAGAUAAUGAAUGUUAGGGGAAUCUAUUUAUGUUUCGUGUGUCUGAAAGAAAAAAAAAUCAAAUAUCAGAAUAUUCGAUAUCAGUCUUACAAAUAUCAGUCAAUUAAAAUCAUCUAUGACCAAAUAGUUAAUCAGCUUCCCUUUCACGUUACAUUUUUCACUGCAUGCAUUUUGUGUUAUUCUGAUGUGCUGUGGAUUUUCUUUACAGAAACCUUUCAGAGUUUUGACUUCAGCUGAGAAAUCUGCACCCUGCUUUGGUGAAGAAGAAGAAGAAAGCUUUUCAAAUGCAGCGCUUCUGCACAGCCUGACGGUCUCACCUGCGCUGAAAAAGCGAUGAUUGAGAUAGAAAUGGCCAGCGUUACUCCCAUAGCCAGGAUCACAGCAGUGGUGUUGUGAAAGGAGGCGAUGGUCCCCGUCAUGUAUGACAUGCUCACGGUGACAACAAACUGGAGGUAGAAAAUUAAGUGCAUUAAACAUCUCCAGAACACGUGAAACACAUUUUCCACUUAUUUUCACUCAAAACAAAAAAUAAGAACAUAUCAAAUAAUGAAAACAGAACAGAACAUGUACAAGAAGCAAGGCCAGAAAGAAAUUGUGUGAACGUGGUCUUCAGGUAUGGAUGCUUGUUUCCGACACUGAAAAAACAAACUUUUAUAUUCGGGCAAUGUGGCCUUUUGGCCUCUGCUUUUCUAGUUUGUUGUGUUUGCCAGUCUCUUCCAGGAAUUGCCGGGUUGAGGUGACCUAGAUAAGAAAGCAGAACACAUGAGCAGGUUUGGUUUAAGGCUUUUUCUUUUUCUCUUAUACACACACUCAUUCAUACACUUGCCAUGCAUUCAGACAUGAAUGCACUUAAUGAGUGCUUUUAAAAGAAAAGGUGCAGCAGUGAGCUUCUGCUUGCGUUUUGCUCUGCUGUACGUGCAGUAUUUAACAACAACAGGAACAGGAAGAGCCUGUCCUAAAUUAACAUGCCAACCAAACCUGAAAUCACUCAGUGAAUCUGCUGCCCUUUAGAGAAAACUUUAGAGGUUUUGUUUUGGAAAAUGUAAAAAGCAAACUUUCCACAAGUCAUUUAGAGCUUUGAGUUCUCAGUUAGAAUAGAAAAGUGCUACAUAAGUGCCAGAACAUUUACUAUCUGUUUGUGGAAGUCUAAAUCUUUGACAAAAGUCAUCAGUGGUUUUUUUGUUGCUGUUGUUCUUAUUCUGACCUUUAUUUCCUUUUUUUAACAAAGUUAUUGCUGAGCACUUAGCACUUAUACUUUAACUUCUAGUUUUUAGUUAAGUGGUUCACAAGCUGAGGUGCCAUCCUGACUGCAUGACCAAAAUAUUUCACUUCUCUUUCCAAAAAUGUGACUGUGCCGUGUUUCAUAUCCAUUUGAUACAUGGUUUUGUUAUUUGUGACCCACCAGUGCCACAAUGUUCCACGGGUGAUGCUGGCUGAAGGACUUGCAGCAACUGAGGGCGAUGGCGACCACAACGAAGACGAUGAAGGAACUGAGAUAGACCCAAAUGUUUGAUUGCACUGCCUCUUUGACCACGCUGGAGAAGGUGAACACGCACACUACAGUGAAGGUGAACAGCAGCUGGAGCGUCACGAUGCUAAAAACCUGUCCCGGAAAAGAGAAAAGGCUGAGUUUUGUUUUUUAAAUUACAACUUUAUUACAAAGUAACUACACUGUAAAAGAAAACUGCAAAUGUUUUUCCUUAAAUUUAACUCACAUUAACAAAGAAGAACUAGUCCAACAAUGUCAACUGUUUCCUUAGUCAGAGGCUGCUUUGAAAUAUUAUAAACGUGGUGUCAAACAUGCAGUUCUGGAGCCAGAGUUGGUUCACCAAAGACCCCAGACCAGCCCCCAGGAUGGCCCAAAGAAAUCUUUGAUUUUUCAGUAAAAUGCAUACAGUAACUGGUGAGGUAACACCAACUUCAUCACACUGGAGUCAAAGAAUAUUAAAAGUUGAGUAUUUUUUAGAUCUCGAGACGUUAUUUCAAUCACAGAGUAAAAUACUAUCAAUGUUUAGUGCGUGAAACCUGUAAAUGUGAAGAGUUUGUGCUUUUCAACAGUCGCUGUGAAUUAUAAUAGCAAUAAACUUAAGCAAUACACUUUUUUAAGGUGUAUCAUCUGCAGAAGCAGGGUUCAUUAAGUGUUAUUGUUUUUAAAACAUACUUUUAGUUCUCUAUAUUAAAAUAAAGAUGGGUUGUUAUACAAUGUCUUUACUGGCUAGUCCCACUCAAAUUGGGUUGUAUGUAGAUCAUCUAUUCAUUUUCCUCAAUUUAUCCAGUUCAGGGUCACUUAGCAGCUGGAGCCUAUCCCAGCUGUCAUAGGGUGAGAGGCAGGAUACACCUGGAGAGGUUGUUAAUCUGUGGCCAUCCUAACAGAGUGGCAGCCGAUCACAUUUGGCCUGUUCAAUAUCAACAGUUAACCAAAGUGUGGGUCUCUGGACUGUGGAGAAAGCUGGAGUACCCGGUAAGGACCCUUGCAGGCUCAGGGAGGGUGUGGAAAUUCAAGGAUGCUUGUGUGGUCCUUGAAAAUAAGUUUGACUUCUCUCUUUUCUCAAAUCUACUUAUUUGUGCUCAGGAAGAAAGUGAGAGAAACAGCCUCCUUAAUCUUCCGCAUACAGGCACAAAAUAGUUCCUGAUUUUGCCAACUGUAACAUGUGAUUACCACGUGCUGCAAUUACCAGUUCAUAAAAUAAACAGCUCCCUAAAAGUAAACAGGAUUUGAAACACCCAACUUCUCCCACUCCAAGUGGCUGUUGUGUGAAAGUAGACCCGACCAAAACAUCUGGCUGCUAUGUUGACGUGCCAUUACGGCUUCCUGUAACUGGCUGUGAAAUUCAGGGUUACUUAAGUUUUGUAUGUUUUAAUUCCUUUUUGAUUCUUUUCCUCUUUUAUUGUUUCAGUCUAGUUUUUAGUUUUAAAAAUUGCUUUAUUUUUAUGAGCUUUUGUGUUAUUUUCAGUUUCAGAAUAUAGAAUAAUAUGUCAUUUUUCAGGGGCAAGAAAGUUGACUUACUCAUUUAAUUUAGUCUGAUUUUUUUAAGGUGCAUAAUAUUACUUAUUUUAUAGCUAAAUGGAAUUAAAAUUACUGAUCAUAACAACAACAAAAGAAAGCAGUUUUGUGUUGUUGUGUUGCAGCAAAUACAAAGAGUACUUGGCGCACAUGUCUCAGAAAGAUUUUCAACAUUUAUGGUGGAUUCUUAGAGUUAUCGUCCAAAACGUAGCGUACAAACCUUUCUAAUAAACCCUUUCCUCACUAUCUCGUCAUCAAAGGAAGAUGAGGACACCAGCGGAGUCGUUUCUGAUGAUAUCUGUGGGUUUAUGUCAUGGAAAGACUCAUAACGAGAGAUUUGAGGUGGUUUGUACACUGGUGGGGCUUCAGAGUAGGCUGGAGGCUGCUCUUCUUGGUAGGAAUGCAUCGAUGCUGAGGGGACAUCAGAGCCGGGAUCGUGCUGUGUCUCCUUGGAAGUGAUGGAGUCUGCUGACAUUCUGGUAAAAACUGAAAGUCAGUGACAAAAGAGGAACCAAAUGUAAAAGUUAAAUUCAAGUAAACAUCAGCUGUGGCAUGUAUAUCAGCACAAGUGGAAAGUGCAAGGCUUAAAAAAUACAAUAAAACACGAGGACGUCAUUAAAAUCAGUAACCGAGCUACUAAAAGAAUAUUUCUACUCAUAUAUUUGGUUUCAAAUAGCCGCAAUAAUUCUGAAUGGGGACAGAAGGGUCAUGCACAGCAUUGCAAGUCAGAUGCAGAUUGUUUUUUAAAAAAAUCCAGGCUUGCUGCUGACUUGUUACACAAGAAUGAUGUGGGCACUGAGAAGUAAAAUGUUUGAUUUCAGCAUUUACCGUGGGAAAGUUGGUGUUGUGUCAGCUGAUGUUGGCUAAAAGAUUUAUGAUACCCAAUUAAACUGAACUUAUUUUGCAAACUAUAUUGCAGUUUUCACACUAAAAUUAGACAUGCUGUCUUUACUUAAAAAUUAAACACUUGAACACAAAUGACCUUACUUUACUUCAUUUAAGUUUAAUGCACAUUACACAAUAUUAUUUUAGCUCAUUUUGUUACAAAUGAACUGUUGCUGGGAAUAUCCUUGAUCUUUUUUAAGUUAAGACUACUUGUAGACAAUGAAGUGUUUAAUGGACAGAGCUCAGUUUUUGCUGCAUCUUACAUGAAUUCUGUUUUUAUGGACACUUGAAUUAGAAGUCUAUAAAGGGAACUGACCCAGAGUCAUGGUGGCCUUUUAAACCUUUCAGGUUUUUGGCCACACUACGAGUGGAAAUCAUAUCAGACAUCCACAAGAAUCUGAACGUCUAAACACAGCAAAACUUAAAUAAUGAUCACAACAUCAGUAAAGUAAGAGUCUGAAAUUAGACAUGAUCAGAUCCAUGAAUGAAAUAAUGCUGCCUUAUUUAGAAAAAGCAGUCCAGAUAAUUAAAUGAAACAAGAACAGUGCAAAUUAAGUAAACUAUAAAACUUGCAAACAGUUGUUUUUACCAGUAGGAGAAGCACUGGUGUCAGGUACACAGGACGUUACCUUUUACAUACUGUAGUAUAGGUCUAUAAUAGAGAGUAAAUUAUUGUUCUUCCUACCUCUGUUGCUUGAUAAUCCCACAGUACUUAAUGUGAUGAAGGCUACACGUUAAACCUGGACAGGCUGACGAUGGCAGCUGUAUAUUUUACUUACGUGAUAUUGAGUUUCACUUCCUUCCACUUUAAAGUGGCGAAACCUUCUGAUGACUGACAGGGUUUAAAAACUCCUUUGUUUCUUAACAGAUCGUUGGCCAUUAAAGUGUCCAAGGACUUCCCAGGGUCCUCCUCAGUCUGAACUUCCAGAAUUGAGUGCUGUAAAAAUGAUUGAUUUUUACAUAUUCCCCUGUGUCAUUGUCCUGAUUGUCUGUACCUGUGUAUCAUUCCUCCAGCUGUUCCUGCUUCCCUGAUUACCUUAUAUGUAUAAAUAGUCCUCUCCUUUCCCUUAGAUUUUGACAUAGUGGCUGCAUCAUUCAUUAGUUGCUCAGUUGUGUGCCUUCUCUCUGCAUUGAUUUGGCUUCUGUUUGCCCCUGUUUUUGGACUUGUUUCCUGGACUGCUUGCAACCUGAAUAAAGGUUUGCCAUUUGUUGCCGUCAUCCUGCCGUAUCCUUUUUCUCACAGUCUACCUAAACUGCAGUUUGUGACAAUAUGGCCAGGCUUCUCCUUCUGCAGCAAAUUUGCUGAGUCCUUACUCCAGCAGUCAGCCUCUCGAAUCAUGUGAUCAGAAGCUACUGACUGUUCUGCUUUCAUUUUGAAUCUGUUAAACUUUCAUUCACUUUAACCUCCUAAGACCCGAACUCUUUCAUGGCAUGCAUUUUUAAUUUCUCUUUGCUAUUUGGGCUAAUUGGGACCUGAUGAAUGUAAAAACAAAGAAUUACGUGAUUUUUUUUUUUUACCUGUCUGUCUUUGGUUCAAAGUAUUGCUUAUGUGUGCAAAUGUAGAAACAGGUGCUUGAAUAUGAGUACAUUCAUAAUUGUCUGGUUUUGUUCAAAUUAUGAGGAAGUACUUAAAGUAUAACACAAAUAGUUCUUUUUUAAAAAUAGUAUUUAUAAAUGCUAACUAAAUACAAUAUUCAUAGAACUCUGGGGUAAUAUUUUGUCUUUGGAAAGCUGUCCUGAAAAUAUUCACAUAUUCAGUUUGUCUGCUGCUGCCAGGCAUAGACUGUAAUUGCAAUAAUAAGUGUGCAACCUAUUUCCAGACAACUCAUUCAGUGCUCACAUUUCCCUCAAGAAAAUAAAAGUACUAGGAUAAAUAUUCAUCUUUUGGGACAACACAAAAUAUUUUGUGUUUACUUCAGUUAUUUUUAAUGUCUGCUGUCCUUAAUUAAAAACAGUAUAUAUACACACACAACCAUAAUGAACAAACAGACACUAAGAGGAGUUGUUAUUUAAGUGAUAGCUUUUAUUUCACAGGUUUAUUAUUUUUAAAUUAUGACAUAGCUUAUAGUUUUGAAGACGGUUGUGGUAUAUUUUCAGGUCUGUUUACAUCACUGCCUCUUUUCAGUUUCAUUUUCAUUGUGUUUAUACAAAACAACUAUAGUGUGUGUUGAUAUUUAGGAAAAUCCAUUCUUUCCCCGACAAAUGCUGUGAUUCUUAUAACACUGGCUGCCGGACACUUCCUAAAAAUUUAAAGUUACUUUACUUUCUUCAGGUCAAUUUCUGGAGCAGUUCAAGCUUAGAGUUCAAUGGUGACGUCGAGUGCAGAAGAGGAAAUAGCUGAGGGGCAUCAUGUGGUAGAGCUGGGAGCUUCAGUUCACAGAUACUGAGGGGAUGUUGUGGUUUCAACUGUAAAAAGAACUAAGGCACAAAACAUGCUUUUAAAUGCAACAGUAACAUGUUGUGCCCUCCCUGAUUUUUAGAUUUAAUGCAGAAUAAAGUCAGAAAUUCGGAACUUGGAAAUGACCACAUCACAAACUUAAAGCUCAGAUUUCAUAAAUGGGAACUGUGUGAUGUUUGUCUUCAUUGCACAAUGACCCAUACCAUUGCAUAAUGGUUGGGCUGUGCUGGGACUUGCAGGUACCAGCUGCAGGAGCUACAGUAGAGCUAGUUUAGAUACUUGGACAUUUAUUUUAAAGCAUUAUUUCAAUUAACUGUAAUGUUGGUGGUCACAGGACACAAAAAUUGCAUGUAUGGAAUCUCCAGGAAAAUCUGAUCAAAACUGCUUAAAACGUUUGGUGACUUUCAUCUGAAAUAAGGAUUGGAAGGAUUUGAUUUUUAUUACUGCUGCUGAAUUACUCAUGCAUUUAAAUUCAGGAUUGUUUGAGUGCCACGUCUCGCUCUUAUAAUGUCUCUGACCUGAACACAGUGUACUGUGCUUUAUAAAAGCUCCUCAUUGUGCUGUCUGGCUCUCACAAACCUCUUCUAUGCUCAGCAGUGUGCACUUUGCUGUCUGCCACAUAUGCAUAUAAGCCUGAAAUAACUGAUAUGCUGGCUUGUUACUGAUGAUUUUUGUAAAAUAAGUGCAUUACUUAGUGGCAGUCUUUAAGUCAGCCUACGACAGUAAUACAAAUCCAAUUAUUGUUUCUUUUAGGACUUUAAAUAUAAAUGUGAUAAAGCCAUACAGCUGAGUAGACACUCUGGUUCACAGGUUGCCUUAAAUUGCCUUAAAUUUCAUUUAACUUAUUAUAGUUUUGUAUUUUCUAAUUGGUUUUUAAUUUUAUUUUCACUUUGUUUUUAAUUCAGUUUAAGUUCCAGCGUAGUUUUCCUGUUUCAAGUUAGUUUUUAUUGUCACAAAAUGUUUAGUUUUAUUCGUGUAAGUUUUUCUUUUUAAUUAUAUUACGGAGGGCAAAUGUCAGAAGUAAGAUUUCGGAGCAUCAGUACAAGUAUUAAAGUAAGAACACAGAACCUUUUGAAAGCUGAUGACUCACAGUCUUGGAGACAUCUAGAAACUCAAUAAACGUGUGCCUCAGCAGGCUUGUUGUAAUACAGUUUUUACCAAAGUAACAGAUCCUAAAACUACAGAUGUGUCCUAUAAAAUGUUUUUUCACAUCUAAUUAUUUUUAGUUAACUACAUUAACCUUGCUCUGGGGAACCCUUCCAAACAAGAACCACACUUGUUCAGCUUUUUCUGAUCGGACCAUCAUGAACUGUAACAUUUAACAUGCUAACUGAGGCCUCUAGUCUCUUAGAUUUCAAGUUUCUCAGAGCAUUGCAGAGUUAGUCCUUCGGCAGGACCUCGUUGGGACAUUUCACUCCUGGGAAGAUUGGCAAAUGUCUUGACCGUAUUCCCACUUGUGAAUAAUCUCUCGCUGUAAAAUGACAGACUUUUUUGGGGACAUUGCCUUUAUGUAUUUUCCCUGCUAGCUCAAAUCACAUAAAUAUCUUCUGUGUUUACCUGGUUUCAGUCAUGAGAGUUGGACCAUGAAGCGUAUCUGAAAUCGUGCUACUUUUAUGCAUUUUGUUUGCUGAAAUGUGAUGUCGUUUAUAAAUCUGCUUCAGUAGCUCAGAUGCAUUUUAGCAGCAAUUUUCAAAAUGGUCAAAAUGCAUUUUUCUGCACCUUAAGGACAUCACCAUUGUGGAUGUUUUUCAUCAUUUUUAGGAAUUAUUUAUUAUUGGGGGAUGACAACAAACAAGAACAGCCAACGAUGGCUUAAGAUUAGUUACCAAACACCUUCCUCUGCUUACUUUACAUUAAUUAUUAAAGAACAAGUAAUGCCUCUCCUUCUGUUUAUAAGAUUGAGGAAACCUGCAGUCAGCUGAGACUGAAGAAGUCACUUGGAUGAGUGACAGUAUCAACCUUUGGAGAUUCCUCUCCUUCUGUUCACAUGGAGAUGACAUGUCCAAUGUAACUCCUGAAAUCUACACAUAUGCUUAAGCAGGCACCGCAGUCAAGCUCCACAAACAAGGAGACACAUUUUUGACAACUUAAACCAAAACAAAAAUAUAUAUACACAAAACAGACACGGACAAAACAUCUGUCACACAUAUUUAUUGUAAAAAAUACAUAUAAAAACAAUUUUUGAGACAUACAAAAGAUCGGAGCUUAGAAACAGUAUAUUGAACAGACAAGGACCAAGCAAUUUUCUUGAAUUGUAUUACAUAUUUACAAUUUAAUAAAUAAAACUCAAUUUGUUUGUUUUAUACCAGAGUAAAGGCAGAUUGUCCAUAUCUUGGGGAUGCAGAUACCGCUGUGGUGACAUUUUAAACAUCGGUCUGUAAUCACAGGGCAGGCAGGGAAAUGGCGCCCUGUGAUUCGAAACCAAAGACUUGAGAAUAUUUAUACAAAAUACAUCCUUGGUUGGAGAGGGGCUAGUUUUCACACAGAGCAUUUAGCUAGCAUUGGUAAAAAUUUGAGGUAUUGCACCGCACAGCUUAGAGGGGGUUAAGGAAGUAAAUCAAGAGUAACGUGGCGGUUUUGGAUUGUCUGUAAUCUUUAUUGACAACCCAAAUGCCACCAACACCCCUCUGAACACACACACACACACUCACACAAACACCCCCCCUUAAAACCCUCCCAGCCAAAGUAUACAAUAUCAUAACUUAUCACCACGACAAAUGUAAUCUGAACAUCUAAAUGAUCAAUGCGCCUCCUCUUCUGCCCUGUCCCCCAGAACAACACAGACCUAAAUGCACAAACAAACUAUUUUUGGCUUUAUUUUUCUUUUCUCCAAUACAAAAUAAGAGAAACAUGCACAAGGCUGCCCUCUAAUGACGGGACAGGUUAUAGCACCGCAGACUGCAGAACAUUGGGGUGGGGGGAGACAGAAAAGACCAACAGAGGCUGGGGUGAACAAACCUGUGAGCAUGGCUCACCUCUUGGCCAACCUCUAAACCGCCCCACACCACUGCAGCGCUGAAAGGUAAACACCUUUAGAGCAGGCAGCAAAAGCAAUCAGUUACAAUAUAUUUUUUGUUCUUACUGCUAGAGUUUCCACUGGCCUACGUACGACCUGUAUCAGGCAGCAUCUGUUGAGCAGCCUUACUGUUUCGGCUUCCACUUCAGCUCAGCCCCCAAAAACAACACCACAAAUACCUCUUUGCACAAGAACCCCUUCACCAGGCAAAAGGCAAUCAACACACACACACACA